GACAGCACAUAAAGGCAACAUAUAUCCUCCGCCAAUCAAGUAGGUAACGUUAAGUGAGAGACCUUCAUCCCAAGGAGAGGAUAGUGUUUUAUAAGGUGUUUACAGAGUGUUUCCAUUCCUUCUGUGUUCUGCACAACAUGCUCAACCCGCAGAGGUCUCUGUCCGAGCUACCCAAGAUGUCUGCUGCCAGUCAAGUUGAAAGAGCUGUGUUGGAGGAGGAAUUCAACUGGCUGCUUAAAGAAGAAGUGCAUGCUGUCCUGAAGCAGCUCCAGGAUGUCCUCAAGGAGGCAUCGAGACGUUUCUCCACGCCGACGCCGGGCCUGGAGACUCAGCUCAAACAGGAAAACUUCAUUCUCGGCAGCUCAACCAUGGAUCAAGUGAAGGGGGUGCUGACUCUGCAGGGAGAGGCUCUUACUCAGGCUGACAUAAACCUGAAGGUUGCAAAGAGCAGCCAAGUGUUGCACUUCCAGUUCAGAGAGGACAAGCUGUGGAAACUGCAGCAGAUUCAGGAUGCCAGGAACCAUGUGACCCAGGCCCUGCAGUUACUUAGCAGCCGUGAUGACAGCUACCACUUCAAGACAGGGGCUGAGGUUAAUAAGCUCAUGGAUGCGGUGAUGCUUCAGCUGACGAGAGCACGCAACCGCCUCACCACCCCGGCCUCCAUGACGCUGCCGGAGCUGGCCACCAGUGGUCUGAUGAAAAUGUUCACUCCUCCCAUGCCUGGGGAUGUGAUGGUGAACUUUUACAUCAACUUAAGCAAACUGUGCCUGACUGUGUACCAGCUUCAUGUGCUGCCUCCCAACACCACUAAGAAUUUCAAGCCAGCUGGGAGCUCAGUGUUGCACAACCCAGGAGCAAUGUUCGAGCUCAACAACAACCGCUUUGAGGUGAGCCACGUCCACAAGGUGGAGUGUGUGGUGCCGUGGCUCAACGACACGCUGGUGUUCUUCACCAUCUCGCUGCAGCUCUGUCAGCAGCUCAAGGACAAGAUUUCUGUCUUCUCCAGCUUCUGGAAUUACAGAGCCUUCUAACCCCCCCCCCCCUCCUGUCCAUCCUCCAGAGACUGGUCACACCCAAACUAACCACACAAGUGUAAGGGACAUCCUGGGGAGCUUUUAUAUCUAUCUAUCUAUAUAUAUAUAGAUAUAUAGAUAUAUAUAUCUAUAUCUAUAUCUAUCAUGCACUCAUUCAGUUUCAAGUGUUGCAUGAUUAGCUGAAGUAGCCAAUUAAACCCCAACAGAUAUCAAUACGCCCAGUUGUGUUAGCCCAGCUGACGUGUGUGUGUGUGUGUGUGUGUGUGUGUGUGUGUGUGUGUGUGUGUGUGUGUGUGUGUGUGUGUGUGUGUGUGUGUGUGUGUGUGUGUGUGUGUGUGUGUGUGUGUGUGUGUGUGUGUGUGUGUGUGUGUGUGUGUGUCGUCUCAAUGAAUUGAAUGUGAUUGUUGCUGAUCUGUUAUUACAAUUUAUUUUUUUUAUUAUUUGUUACAUUUAGGCAACUUAGUAUUUGACGGAGUAUUUGUCUGGUUCUUAUUAAGUUCUCCUGUGAACUGGGUUGUUGUGUGGAACACUAAUUUGUGCACUCAGGGCUGGAAGACUAAGCAGUAAUAAGAGGUUGUAGUGGUCACUGUUUUUUUUUUUUUUUUUUCUUCACUGUUUUUUGUUGUUUUUUUUAAAUACUUUUGAGUUCCCACACAGCUGUUUUUUAGAGUUUUUUUUUCAUUUUUUUGCAUUCCCUAACAAUAUAAUUGUACUUUCUUUAAAAGGGCAUUUCAGCAGUUUUUGCCUAGUCAUGUGAGAACAUUCUCACCGCUCAUUGGUUAGAAAUGUCUGGAGCGGGAGUCAAAAAGUGAACCUAGGAGUAGGGUUGGACGUCGUUUUUUUUUGAUUUUGAACAAUUCCGAUUCCAAUUCUGAUUGGUCGGAUUCGAACCCUGGACCUUCUGCGCCAAGGCGUUAACCUCUGCACGUGCGCCCGCUCUACCAACUGUGAACAGAUCGACACCGAGCAAGUUUUCUUGCAUGACUGUGAACUAGACUGAAGCGGAGCACGUUCACUGGCGUUGCCUUAGAUACCGUGGCCCUAGAUCACAGCAUUCAGGGAGCAGCUUGUCGCGUUUAGCCGGUGCUGACCGUUACCUUCACUGGUAACGGUCAGCACCGGCGUUUCGCAGCCGUAUCGGAGCUGAUUUCAACUGCCAGUGUGAAGGCGGCGUUAAUAUCGAUUCUCGAUUCCGAUUCUUCGAUGGGUGGAGUUGAAACGGGUCACGUGCUUAUUUCACAGAAAAGAGGAACAUUUUAUUUUGUUUCAAUUGUGAUUUUUAUUUUAUUUUUUUCCAACGUAAAAUAAAGACUUCAGAGCGCUGCUUACUGUGCUCCAUAGCUGCAACACAACAAGCCCCUGGAAGUACGGCGGUCGCUGCCGAAACCAAAACUGGUGCGUGUUAAAUUUGGAACCGAUGAUCGGAUUUGAAACGAUUGCCAUAAAGAAACGAUUCCAUUGGAAUCCUAACUUUUGAAACGAUUCCAAGUUGUAACCGGUUGUAACCGGUUCUCGAUGCCCCCAGUCCCGCCUAGAAGGAAGAAGCUCCGGUCUGCCCAAAUAGCGAAAGGCAACGUGCUCGGUUGCUAGUCCCGGGCAGACUUCCAUCCAUUCUCCAGCCAGCUGUUAACAACGGUUGAUUUUGAUCAUUCACAUCCCAGAAUGCAAAGCUCACCUGGCUCCGGGAGCCAUUUAGCUCCCAUUUGCAGAGUCCGCCUUUUAAAUUGCGUCC